UGUAGCGCUGGAUCCCCUUAUUUGCAUACUGAAUUGCAUAAAUACAAAACGCUCCCUUCCUCCAGCAUUCAACGUUCAAUUUGUACGCUAGAAUACAAGAAUCAUGCCUCCCAAAGUGAGCUCCAAGGGCGCCAAGAAAGCCGGUAAGGCUAAGGCCGCACGUAGUGGUGACAAGAAGAGAAGGAGGAAGAGAAAGGAAAGCUACAGUAUCUACAUCUACAAAGUGAUGAAACAGGUGCACCCUGACACCGGUAUCUCCAGCAAAGCCAUGAGCAUCAUGAACAGCUUUGUCAAUGACAUCUUUGAACGUAUUGCCGGUGAAGCUUCCCGCCUUGCCCACUACAACAAGCGUUCUACCAUCACCAGCCGAGAGGUCCAGACUGCUGUCCGUCUCUUGCUGCCUGGUGAGCUUGCCAAGCACGCUGUCAGUGAGGGCACAAAGGCCGUCACCAAGUACACCAGCUCCAAGUAAAUCAACAAGUCAUUGAUUUGCACAAAACGGUCCUUUUCAGGACCAACCACAUCUUUCCA